AUGUCAUAUACCACGUUCGAUACUUACACUACGUACGAUGAUCCAAUAUUGACGCUCGCUAGAGAUCCAAAUCUUUUGAAGGAGAAGGCAAAAAAUUCAAAGAUAAACCUGAUUAUACAAGGCCUAGCGGUUACAGAACGGAAGGUAUCCAGACUAUGCCAGCUAAGUCUCACAAUAUUGCAAACACUAGAAAAAAUAGACCUAAAUUUAAAGAACUGGACAUUUUUCUCCCUAGACGCCAGCUCUGCGGACCAUUUUGACGCUUCGAAUACCGAAGAGAAUAAGGAGUUCAAUAAUAAUGUUUCCCUACAAGUCAUCAAUUCAUGCCAGGAACUCACAAAGAAACUCAAUAAGAUAUCCGCGGAUGUUGAUUUCAUUACAAACGCCCUGAAAUCGCUAUCGCCUCUUGAAUUUAUCAGUGAUAGUGGUACAUUGCUCACCUCAUUAACGCUACGAAAUAUCAAACUUAAGGAUGAACUAAGAGAUAAAGUGACAAUUGCAUACCUGAAGGCUAAGCUCAUCACUAUUGGAACCGAUUUAGAGCUUAUGUUGGGUGAAGGAAGCUCAGAACAACAGCAGACUGUUUAUUCUUAUAAGCAAUUUGUCAUGAGUCUUCUAAAGCAAUUGAACGACGCGGUUGAUGGUGACGAUAUUGAAGAAAGAAACGAGUGCUUGGCCGUCAUUAGUGACAUGGAGCAAAUGUUCGAAGCUUUCAAGCUAGAAAAGGUACAACAAGCAAAAGAAGAAUUGGCUAAAAGAGCAGAACAAGCCGAGUAUACGCCCCAAACCUCGAAAUCGGGUCAAGACGACGAUCACAGAAGGUAUUCUCCGGAAACAGACUAUUCUUCUCGCAGAAGGGACUCGCUUUCUUCUCUGUCAACAACUGUCAUGCAACAGUCUUUAUUAAGCGAAGAACUUCCUUAUCUCAUGUCUGCCUUCCGUCUGGACGAAAAGCAAGAGGGCGAAUCAGAGUACUCUCUCGAGCGCUCUGAAGUUUUACAACAAAAAGCUAAAAAGCAGCAUGAGUCGCAUCAAGAACCACAGUCCCAGUCGGCUUCAAUCUUGCAUUUCCCUCAUCAAAAGACUCAAUUGCCCGAGACAUCGUUAUAUACGGGCGGAGAAUUCGUUACAGCACCACCGGCUCCAUCCCCAUAUUCAUACCUCAACACGGGAUCUUCUUGGUUGUCUAAAUUGGGCAUCAAGCCACAGGUUAUCACAGCUGAUAAGCAUCUUGUCAACAGUACUACUGUGAAUCGUGGUUUUGCUGAGAAACAACUACCAUCCCCUUCAUCCUCAACUUCAUUCAUCAAAGACAAGGACCAUGAGGAUAAAGAAAACGCUAAUCAUACUCCGCUUCUGAUUGAAAAUUUAGAGGCUCAUACAUUGUCGCUGUUGAGCCAUGACGACGAUCAUUUAUUAGACUACGUCGAAUAG